AUGAAAACGAAAGUUAAAUGCGUGCGAAGACUGAGUGACAAUGAAUUCUUAAGAUCCACCAACAUGGCUAGUCAUACGAAUGAUGAUUGUGCUAUUGUGACGAAUAUUAAACGCUUUCGUUUACAAUCAAUCGCUAAAUGGUUGGUUGUGGUAGUCGUUGUGAACUUGGUCAAUUUGGCAUUAUGUAAUGCAACCACAACUGAUGUGAAAAUAUCACCUUCAAUUAAGUAUUCGAAUGAUUCAUUGAGCGGUUUGGCAAGCACCGGGGUGUCAUUGGGCAAUGCUUCGCCAUUGGUGUGGUCGGAAUUCCUCGAAGAUUAUGUACUGAGCCAAUCUAGUCCAAGUGCGCGGACAUCAAAAGAUCUACCAUUCAUUCCAAGCCAAAAUGAUAUGUCUAUGAUGAAUCCAAAUAUGCCAAACGGAGGACCUGGUCCACUUUCUUACCACUCUUCGGUCUACAAACGACCAAAUGUUUACAUAACAAAACGAAUCGGCGAAGCAGUGGAGUUGGAACCACACAUGCGACCACCAGUUCAUGUAGUGAAUCCACAAUUUCGUCCUAUGACAAAUCAAAUGAUACAACAGCAACAACUACAGGAACAACAACAGCGUCAACAACCAGGAUUUUUCCAACAACUGUUCGGCUUAGGUGGAGGCGGCAGCAGUCAGUCUCAAUCACCACCAACACAACCACCACCGCCGGUGCGACCGGUACCCGUACAACAGCACCACAUACAAUCGGUCCAACACAACGGAGCGCAGCCACCAUUUCGGGCAGUAACAGAAAAUGAUCUAUACCUAUUGGGCGCGAUAGAGAAACUCGUUUACCGCGUGGAUUACUUGGAGAGUCGCAUACGACGAGCCGAACAAUUAAUUUACUACUUGAUGGCGGGAAAUAAUCAGAAAGAAGUGCGUGAUCCGUGCCCCACAAAUUUUACACGUAUCAGUGAUAACUGUUAUUACAUCAAUAGCAACCAGCAGGUGAACUGGAAGACCGCCAACUCAGCGUGUAAGGCGCUGAAUUCACACCUUGCGGAGUUUGAAAGUGGUUCAGAGAAUGAAGAAAUCAUGGCUCACCUACUCAAUCAGCCGCAGCAUCGUGGGCGAGACUACUGGUUGGGUGGUUUGAAUCCCGGUUUGCUUUGGAUUUGGUCUAAUUCGGCGAAACCGGUCAAUCCAAACAUGAAUCUCACAUCCAUUGCCAUGUCACAUGCAAAUAAUACAGAGAGCAAUACAAUCGAUGUGGAUGGCGAUGACAAGGAUAAAAAGAAUAAGGAUGAAGAUGACCCUUCCCUCAAUGAAGCCAUCCUAAACAAUACCGUGGAGAUUGAGGGUCAAGGGCGUUGCUUGCGUCUAUCUUACAAUCCAACAAAACACAUUUAUUAUUACUAUGGACAGGAGUGUACUUCGAGGCAUUACUAUAUUUGUGAAGCGGAAGACAAAACACUGGAUAAUAAAAUUAAGAAGAUCAGCAGAGAACUAAAGUUAUUUGAGUGAUCACGCAAACGAAUCAACUUUCUUGUUUAUGAAGGCUGAAAAUUAUUCUUGUGAUUUUGAGCCAUUGCCGCCUUAAGA